AUGACCUCCCGAAGAGAGGACAAAGCGGAGGAAGGUGUGACGGAGCAGGUGGGUGCGGCUGGAUUCCUCGAGUGGUAUGCGCCAACGUUCUUAAUAACGGGUCGCGUGCUCUGCUCAAUGGUGCCUUCUAAUGAUAGACUAUGGUCUGUGGUGUCUGCUCGGCAAUUAAUGACCCUGGUCUGUCUUCAUCCUCCGGGGGCGACACUGGGUCAUCUGGAAUUGGAGGGAACCGGGAGUCCAAAGUGCCGAAGGGAGUGGAACGCAGGGAUCAGAGACAAGUACUCCCCCGUCGUGUUCUAUAAACGAAAUUUCAGCUGCUAA